AUGGCUGAUCCUCGUUCUUUGAUUUCAGAGGCAGAGAAAUUAACUAAACCCCAGCUGGGUGUCUUACUGUUUUUCACUGGGUCAUCGCAAUCUUAUAGAUUAGAAGAAGCUAGUGACUUGUUUAUUCAAGCCGGGAACCUGUAUCGUUUAAAGAAGGAAUUCAAAGAAGCCGGCGAUCAGUUUGUCAAAGCCGCAGAUAUUCAGGAAGGGCUUGGUAAUCACAAUGAUGUUGCCAAUAAUUUGGUUGAGGCAUACAAGUGUUAUAAAGGCGUAUCACCUUCCGAAGGAAUACAAUCGUUAUCAAAAGCAAUUCAUAUAUUUUUGACCCAAAAUGGCCAAUUCAGAAGAGCAGCUAAUUUCACUGGUGACUUAGCUGAGCUAUAUGAAUCCGUUGGCGAUACCGAAAAUGCCAUAAAAAGCUACGAACAGGCUGGUGAUUAUUACGUCACAGAUCAUGCCGAAGCUCUAUCGAAUAAAUCGUAUUUAAAGUGUGCUGAUUUAUGUGCUUUAAAGGAAGAUUACAAGAAGGCAGUUGAAUUAUAUGAUACCCUUAUCAAAAAUCUGCUUGGAAAUAACUUGACUAAAUGGAGUUUGAAGGAUUACUUCUUUAAGAGCAUAUUGUGUAUUUUAUGUCUUCAUGAUACCAUUGAGGCACUGAAGAAGUCUGAGAAUUAUCUGAUGGAAGAGCCAUCUUGGCAAUCUACAAGGGAAUAUAAGCUAAUUCAGGAUAUACUAGACGCCAUCGAGCAAGGCGACGUGCAACUUUUUUCGGAUAAGGUUUUUGAGUAUGAUCAAUUUAGCAAACUAGAUAAAUUGAAGACUCAACUUUUGUUAACAAUUAAAAACUCUGUUGUCGAGAAAGAUGAUGAUGAUUUAUUGUAA